AUGCAAUUAGAAACGAAUGGAUUAAUUCUAAUUUUAUUUGGAUGUUUUAUUCGUACUAGUUUUGAACUUGCAUGUAUACAAUGUACUAGUCCUAUUCGACGUGUUGCACAAAAUUGGGAUCAUUCCUGUCUAGAUGGUACUCUAGCACCUGAACCAUGUGAGCAACCAAUUAAUGAUACUAGAGGAACUUUUAUAAAUUGUGCAUCUGCUCUCUUUAAAGUUGGAUUCAAUGGUAAUCGAGGUAAGAAAUUUAUUAUUUUAUUAAUCAAAAAAGACAGAGAAAUGAUUGACAUUUAUGAAUAUCCGAUAUUCUGUGGUAAAAAAUUUUCUGCAAUCAUACAUCGAACACUUCCACCACCACAUUGUUCAAUAGUUGAUAUAUCAAAAUAA